AUUGGAUCCAAAGCGAAGACGGUGAAAGACCUAAACUGCAAGAGUUGUAAACAGAGAACAUGUUAUCCCUUCUCGCGUAUUGCGCUAUUCACUUUGUGGCUUUCGUUUUUUUGGUGAUCGCCUUUUUCAGCAUCCGUUUGUGGCGCGGCGACGACGAUCGCCGUACAGCGAAUCGCUACGAUCAGCUCCGUGCGACGAUCACCAGGCCAUUAUCGAUUCUCAGCGUCCUGCUAUUCCUGAGGGAGGUGUCAGAGGGUGCGCAUCGACGAUACUUGCAGUUCACACAGGGUUUAGCGGUCGUUGCACUGGCCAGUUGGUGUGGCGCGACAACGCUAGUUCGGUGCUAUGGCGCUAGCCCAGAAACGAUUGCAGCUACGGCUUUGCUGAACACGGUUUUAGUUGCGCUGUUUCUGUUUGCGACUAGCAGUACGGGAGGAGCAAUAGCGGACGGCUUCGGGGAUUACAAUAACUGUUCGAUUUCGAACGUGGAACUUCAAGGUGAUUCAUCAGUCGACUUUGAAAGGCUCACCUGCAUCUCCAAUAGGCAGGAGCGAGAUGACGAAGUGAGCGGUCCUUCUUCCAUUCUCGCGAGAUCACGUGCGUGUACUGCUUCUGGCCUUUGUGCGGAGCACACGGUUUUAGCGGCAUUACGAAUAAGGCGAAGAGGUCGUGAAAAUGGGACUUACUACAACAAUUAUACAGGAUCUUCUUCUUCUCCUUCCGACAGCACAAGUAUAGCAGAACUUAUUCGUGACUACUUUGAGGAUCGAACGGCCGGCUCUGGCGGUGUGGCUUCUGUUCAUGUAGUACCUGUGCCAGAGGAGGAAGUUGAAAGCGCGUUGGAGAAUGGAGUUGGAGGACUUGCUGACUCGCAGAAUUCGCAGUUGACUGCAUUCGACUAUCCUAUAACAGGCUGUGACACUGGUAGUGGAGAUCUCGCAGUGGUGGCAUUCGUCAGUUUCUUUGACCGAGCGACUGCCGCAAGAGUGCUUUUACAGGACUCGCCGGGGGUUCACAGUAGAACGAAGGAUCGUGUAGCGGAUCGCGCUCAUAACGAGGCUGCCCCUGAAGAUCUUGAUGGGGUAGGAAAUACUCGCGAUCAUGACGGACAAGUCCGUGUCCAUGUUUCUCAUGUUAUUCCAGCACCAGUUCCAGACGACAUAGUAUGGGAAAACAUCCACGUUUCUUCUAGAACAGGCCGCUUCCGGUUAGCGGUGUCUCUCUUCGUGCUUCUAUUCCUGUUCUGUUUGGUUGCGACACCUAGAGUUUUUGGAAGUGCGGUGGAGGCAGUUGUAGCAUUUUUACGUACUUCUGCGGUUGGGAAACAGAUGUUGGGAGAAGAUGACUAUACGAGUAGAACGACAGCAAGAGUAGAACGACAGCAACGUUCAGGAGACCCACAGACCGCCUCUGUUGCACAGGAUCAACAAUCUUCAGCGGAUUAUCUUCGUAGCGAUGAUCAAGGAAAUGGUCCAACUCAAUCUCAAGGCACUAGCACAGGGACAUAUAGAACGACGAUUCCAUCAUCGGCACAUGAGAUUUUCGCGUUCUUGUGGGACGGUGCUUGUGCCGCAGCCCCCUUUUGUUUGCUCAAUUUCGUAAACUUUACGGUUCUCCCUCAAGCAAUGUGGGCUUUGGCGGCUCAUGCGCAGCGUCCUUUUUCGAGGGAAACCAGGGAAAGGAGCGUUCUGCUACUCCAUUUUCUCGCGUACCUCGUUCUUUUUGGGCUCUUUCCGGUGACUGGCGCCCAAAGUUUCCGGGAUCUGUUGGACGGGUCUCACAUUGAGAUAAAGAAAGAGGAACAGCACUUUGAAGGUGUGCAUCAAUUUUUGUUGAGGUAUCUGAUAACGGCAACGUUUGUGACGCCUUUGGUUCAGGUGGUGCUGCGACCGCCAGCGAGCGAUGUCCAGGAUACAUGUGAAGGCUCCUGUUUCCCGGAUCGUGGUCGACAAUGUGAUCGUGACAGCAGAAGGUGUAGUUCGUCCCUCAGUGGUCGUUUCUCUGCCUUGCUCUUAACGACACGAGAACGGUUCUUUCAUGCGUUAGAGCGCAAAGCGUGCAGACACGAACCGAAGCCCAGUGCUGUAGUUUCGGAUGAGUUCGAAGCUGGUACUAAUUAUCAGUAUGCUGGAGGAGGUGCGGCCGGGUCUUCAAUUUCUUUUGCAGCUACUGGCAGUUGUGUCUAUAAUGAGAACGGAGGUCCUCUCUUUUCCGCUGCAUUUCCCUCCGCCAAAAUGGCAAAGAAGGACGACGCAGCUGACCUAGUGGAGAGUGAGGAGUUUGAGGGUGGCCGCAACUAUGCGCAUACCCUCGCAGUAACGACCCUGACAUUGGCUCUUUCCGCUUCGCAACCUGGGUUGCUUCUCUUAGCAGGUUUACAUCUCGUCUCACAUUUCCUAGCUGAGAAGUACUUGGUAGUAUUUCAUGUCAGUCGAUUCGUGCAGUUCGACGGCGCGCGACUGGAGAAACUAGCUAGAUUUCUGUUGGCCAUGGUUGCCCUGCCACUUGCUUUACUACUGCAGAUGUGGCUCUUCUGUGAGCAGACCGAACUGACUACUUCUAGUGCGAACGAGUGGUCUUCGAGGGAUCAUAGUCCAUCGCGCUAUAGUUUGUGGUGGCUAGGAGUUGGAGCUGUGUGGUUUUUACUCGUCGCUGCAGCAGAACGAAGGUCCUCUGCAGGAGUAAAUUUUCUCUCUACUGGUCGUGGUGCGACAAACAUCUUCGUGUCUAGUACAAUCGGGAAGCUUUUCUGUACUCCCAUUCUUUCCGUCAUGCGCGUUGUGUCACACGGUUGUCGCGCAUGCUUUGACGAGACUACAGCUAGUAGUACAGAAGAAGGAUUUGGCCAGUCUUGCAAUAGAGGUCAACAUAGAUUGAUGUAUCAAGGAAUAAAGGCAGAACCCUUCCAAAUAGAAGAGGAGAAGGAACUAAACGCGGUUGUAGUAGACAACUCUUCUUCAGCCUUACACGAUGACACGCUUUCGACGACAGCAGGAACCCUAUCCCACACCUGGUCCUCUAGAUCGGUGUACCAGCGAUCGGAACUCGCAUCUGGGGAGUUUCUCUUAGCACUGGUGGAAGCCUAUCGACCACCUUUACUUCCGUCUUUACUUGAAGGAGAAGGAGAUUCAAGGUCAACUUCAACGCAUAAUAAGUGGUCGUACACUGCAGCUUCGAGGAUGCGACUGCCUUCUAGCUAUCCAGGUGGAAGUGGAGAGUCGGGAAGUAGCUCCACGUGGGGAAGUUGGCGUAGCAGUAGUAGCUCAGUUUUUUCGGGAGGUGCUCGAGAUAGCGCAGCGGCGCGCGCGACGGAGGUGACAACGCGGUUGUCAUCUUGCAGACCAAGCUCUGCAUCGAGUACUGCAGCAACGUUUGUAGGGGAUGCAAGGUUGUCCUCGAGUAGCAAUGCUAGGUUGUCGUCGAGCACAAAUGCUCGAAUGUCUGCGACUUCAUCGUACAAUAUGGCCGCACGAAGUUCCAGAAUGUCCGUUUUAUCUGAAGCCCGAAGGUCAACGUCAGUCUUUGAGCGACCUAGUUUCUUGAAAUUCGAUGAUCCAGCGUCUAGAAUUACAGCAUCUUCUUCGAGCAGAGUGUCUACACAAGACGCAGGACGCAGUAGCGGUGCCAUGGGAGGACGAAGCAGCGCAAUAAGAACAGCUGGCCGUGGCAGUGAACUAGGAGGACGUAGCAGCAGUGCCUCUGUGGGAGGACGCAUCAGCGGAAUAGGAGAGCGUGCUAGCGGAAUAGGUUUGUUCCCUUCCGUGAGCUCACUAUUGUCUCGUGGUUGGGGAAACGAACGUCGAUCGUCGAGUGGCCACUCAUAUGCACCAAUACGGAGUACAAGUACAGUCUCUCGUAUAAGUGAAACACGAUCUGUGAGCACAAAUGCACCGAUAAUGCCUCUACUAGCAGAGGAGAAUACGGGGCCACUCACAGAUGACAGUAGGAUAUGAUCAUGAAUUAUAUCUAGAGCAGAACCUUUUCGCCUCAAAUCUCUAGGGCAGAACCUUUUCGCCUUAAUACAGGUUUGACUGUGAAGUGACAU